AUUAAGUUUUUUUCAUAAAAUUUGAUUCGCCCUGAAAUAAUUAGCAAUUAAAAGGAAAAUAAUUAAACUUGAGAAGAACGUAUGGAAUGUGUUAAAGAGUCUGCAGUGGCUCCACUUGGAUCUCUCUCUCUUACUUACUCAAAUAUCUUCCUCUUCCAUCUUUCUCUCUCUCUUUUUCUCAUCUCAUUUAAAUCAGAACAGAAAAUGGAGAGCUCUACAUCUUUAGCCAUCGUUCUUCAUCAGUCUUCCAAUCAUGACGAACUCUUCAUGCAGCAGACUCUUCAAUUCUCACAAACUCUCAAGGAUUUAAAGAACUUGCGGAAACAGUUGUACUCAGCUGCUGAGUACUUCGAAACAUCUUAUGGCAAAGAAGAACACAAAGAAACGGUGAUAGAGACGUUGAAAGAAUAUGCAGCAAAGGCAGUAGUGAACACAGUGGAUCAUCUUGGUUCUGUCUCUGAUAAAUUCAACUCUUUUCUCUCUGAUAACUCUGCCCAUUUCUCCACCACUCGUACUCGUUUAUCUUCUCUCGAACAAAGGAUGAAACUAUGCAGAGAGUAUAUGGGUAAGAGUGGGACUUAUCAGCAUUGCUUUCGCAUUCAGUUUCCUCCUCACCAUCAUAAGCGUUACUUCUUCCCUCAACAUGGACGUGGCACAAGUUUCGCGGCAGGAGAUGACUCACAUCGGUUCAAGAGUGCUGUUCGAUCAACAAUACUAGAAAACCACCCAAUUACUACUACUACAAGGAAAGCUAACAAGACAGGAAGCUUCUCCUUCUUACCCAUCAUACAAAACAAUAUCAGCAACAGAACACCAAACAGUACAGGUAAAAGAGAAAACUCUCCAGUGAGAUUUUCUCUCUUACGUUCAGGAUCUCUACUAAAACGUUCAAGCUCUCCAAGCCAGCCAAGAAUGCUGGCGUUGUUACCGGAACCACAAAGAGCGAUAUCUUUGUCGACAAGUAGAGAGAUAGUGGAGAUCAAGCAAAAAUCUUCACUGAGAAAGGGGAAGAAGAGUCUGAUGCUCAAGGCACUGAUGAGUAUGAGCAGCAAGUCCAAAAACUAAAUCACUCCCUUUGUAUUUUUAUAUUUUAUAAUGCCCAUCCUUACAAAAACAACAUGUGAAUUGAGGAGAGAGUAAUAAUGGUCAUCCUCAAUCUUCUUUAGAUUCUUUGAUUGAAAAUGGGUUUGUUGAAUUUUAAUAGAAACAUACAGAAGUUUGUUCACUAGUUAGUUUCUUCACUUCAUUGUACACUCUCUCUAGCUAGCUUUGACUUUAGACUAUAGAGCCAAUUAAUUAACUACUUCCAGUUGAUUGUGAU